AUACCCAGGGCCCAGGGCGCAAGGCAUGCGAAGGUGCUCCGAGCACAAGCAUGACCGACUGAUUGACGUCAAGCUUCUGCGGGAUAGGGAAUUACUCAACGGUCCAGUAAGUUGCUGGCGGCCGCUCCACCUAGCCCGUCGGCCAGCCUGUGCGCCCAGAUCCGACGCUCUCAUAUGCACCGCGCAGGCUUCUCAUGCUUUCAGCGCCCUUGGAAAUUCUGCAAGGAGCGACGAAGUAGCUGCUGUACAUGGAAGCCAAUCUCGCUGACGCUGAUGGUGGAAUCAGGCCCCUCCGCGAGCCAAGGAGUCCCGUUCCGGCCGAGUAACAGGCUCUGUCGAUCUCUCUCAUUGAUCGAAAACUCAAGCUUCUCAACUGUGGCGAGCUGGAGCAGCCGUUAUGAGGCCCGCAUAAUGUCGGUCUUCCCAGAAACGGCGUUGGUCGGAUGGGGCAAAUGCAACACCGUUGCAGGUGGGCAUCUUCACCGGACAUACCCCGAAGCCUCGCGAGAUCAGGUGGCUUUUAAAGUUCCAAAUCCGGCGCCCACAUGCGCGGCACAUAGAUCAAGAGUACGACUCCCAUUAGCAUCUCGGCAUCUUCGUAUAUUCUCUACUCAUCUUUAUACUCUGAUCUGACCUCUCACUAUACAGUCUGAUCACACCUCGCUCGCCCGUUCGACAUGGUUGAGACAUCGGUACCCACAACUGCCGUUCUUCGGCCUCCUCCGUGGAAGACAGUUUGAGGAUAAUUGAAAGCUCGGUACAAUGCCACACCGAGUCCCAGUGCCGCGGGUUACCGCCACGGGCCGGCGAUAGCGCCGAACGACGGUCAGCUGUCCAUCGCGUCCCUCCUCUUCCAUACUGUCCGGGACGAUCGUUGCGACUGAAGCGGAGACUUG